CAAAUAAAAUGAUGUAAAACAUCACGUUGCAGUUGAUAAACAUGCUUGUUUAUUCAACAAAAACUGUUGCAUGUUACUCCGGCAGACAGCAAAUAAAACAAAAAAAAAGCUUUUUUGUUUUACUUGAAAUAGUGUUACAAGUGAUAUGAAAACUGUAAUAAAUGAGUAACAAUUCAAAAGGAGUGUAAGAAAAAGAAAAAAACUGUAUAUGAGCGAAAUCUCGUAUAAAAUAAAUAAUCAUCUUAAAGAGGACUCCGUAUAAGGUAAUUUUUUCCCAUACGCAAUAUAUAUUUGAAUUACCUCAAGAUCAAAGUCUAGCUCUACAAUACUGGUAAGAAUUUCUGGGUGAAGACAUGUUGCACACCACUAGAGAAGGAUUAGAAUAAAGGACCAUCAGUUUAGUACCAUGUAUCACUCACAGUCGUAUAACAGAGGUGCUAUUGACCUGGACAAUCGCGUUAUUCUGAACAUUGGGGGAAUUCGCUUUGAAACCUACAAGGCCACAUUAAAGAAGAUUCCAGCUACUCGACUGUCCAGACUUACAGAAGCUUUGGCCAACUAUGACCCAAUCCUUAAUGAAUAUUUCUUCGACCGCCAUCCAGGUGUUUUCGCUCAGAUUCUUAAUUAUUAUCGAACGGGCAAGCUCCAUUAUCCCACCAACGUCUGCGGUCCCCUUUUUGAGCAAGAAUUAGAAUUCUGGGGAUUAGACGCUAACCAGGUGGAGCCAUGUUGUUGGAUGACUUAUACUGCCCACAGAGACACUCAAGCCACUUUAGCCAUCCUAGAAACCUUGGAUAUUGACUCAGAAAAGCCCAGUGAAGAAGAACUCGCCAGAAAAUUUGGCCAUGAGGAUGAAUAUUUUGCCGGGAAGCUAUCUUGCUGGCAGAAGCUUAAACCUAAGAUCUGGUUGUUGUUUGAUGAACCUUAUUCGUCCAUGGCAGCAAAGGUGAUAGCCGUGAUGUCUGUGUUCUUUAUUUGCGUGUCCAUCUUGUCCUUUUGUCUGAAGACCCACCCAAACAUGCGGGUUCCGGUUAUUGUAAACAAGACUGUCAACUUCCCGCCCAAUCUAACAAUGUGGACACUAGAUAAAACCAAAACUGAUCCCCACGAGGCCUUUUUCUACAUAGAGAGUGUGUGUAACUUAUGGUUCUCGUUCGAAAUAACUGUCCGCUUUAUUGUAGCUCCCAGCAAGCUAGAUUUCAUUCGUGCACCUAUCAACGUUAUCGACUUUAUCGCAACCAUGUCGUUUUAUUCAGACAUGCUGCUCCAGAAGCUAGCCUCCGACUUAGAAAACGCCGACAUUCUGGACUUUUUCAGUAUUAUUCGAAUUCUUCGUCUGUUUAAACUUACUCGCCACUCCCGUGGCUUAAAAAUUCUAGUCCACACGUUUCAAGCCAGUGCAAAGGAGCUGUUUCUUUUGGUGUUCUUCCUCAUUCUUGGCAUUGUCAUCUUCGCCAGUCUAGUUUACUAUGCGGAAAGGUUACAGAUCAAUCCUGUCAACGAUUUCACUAGCAUUCCAGAAGGGUUAUGGUGGGCCAUUGUUACCAUGACAACCGUUGGCUAUGGAGACAUGGUUCCUCGAACGUAUGCAGGAAUGUUAGUGGGUGCUCUCUGUGCAUUAGCCGGUGUACUGACCAUUGCCCUUCCGGUUCCAGUCAUCGUUUCGAAUUUUACUAUGUUCUACUCUCACACACAAGCAAGAGAGAAGCUGCCCAAACAGCGCCAAAGAGUUCUCCCUGUGGAACAACCACGAAUGCGGCCAAGAAUGGUUCCCCAGCAGGGACCAGGUGCCCACCACCGGAGGAUGAAUGCUAUUAAACAUCACCAUCCAGCCGCACUGAAGGACUACCAGAGUAAACCAGGUAGCGUCAAUGGAAUGAGUGCUGUUCUCAAGGUUUCGUCAGCUAGUGCUGGUAUCCCAACGGUUAUCCCAAUGACAACCACCACCACCCCAAGCCCAGCACUUACUACAAGUAUCAACAUCACCACUUCUCCUAAAGCUGGUACGGGAAGUGAUCUCCAGGUAACAACAAUAGUUAUGGAAACGCCUAGUGCACCUACGACGACAACGUCUAAGAUCUCACCUUCCUCCACAGAAUCAAACUCUAUUUACAUGCACUCCAAGCCUCCAUCACGCCGAACUUCCGGUGCAGCAACUUUAAUGGAAGUUUGAUUGUUUCAAUUCCAGCUAUAAGAUGGCGCUAGCGUAUCAACAUUAUGAUUUUGUACAAAGAUAGUUCUUUCUCAGUUAACAGUUUUUCACUAAAUAUUUACAAAUUAUGUUUCAUUUUCACAAAGUAUUUGAGAAAUGUCUAUUAUAUUUCGUUAUUUGUGAAGAUGAUAUUUACGAAAAACUUCAAACUGAAUCUUUACUUAUCUUUUCAGAAACCGAAAUAUUUUACUAAAUAUUUCUCGAACAUCUUAUUUCAUAAUAGGAAAAAGAGCAUAGAUAUACAAGUAUCACGUUAGAGAAUAGUGCAACGAGAAUACAGAUUGAUUUCACUGUUGUUGUUCCAGAGUAAUAAAUUUCGUCGGAAAACACCAGAGGAAUUUCUUCCCAUCAGAACAGGUAAGUACUACAUGAUCAUAGAGAACAAAACGAAGAAGAAUAGAAACUACAGAAUAGGUCAAAUGUCGAAGAUUUAUAGUGUUAGAGAAACUAAGUUUUAAACACAGGACAUUUUCUUAUAUAAUAUUUAUAUCUCCAUUUUUUUCACGUUCUUUGCUAAGAAAUGAAACCUUUUUUUUUUUUUUUUGCAGCGGCCAAAGUUAAUGAAACUGCGCUAUCAACGAAUUAGUUAAACUCGGAAACAUACUGUAGCUUGAGCUAAGUAUUAGAAUUUAUUUUUCCACAGCAAGAACCCGACCCUAACUAACACUGUAGUCUGAGUUAAACGUUAAACUCACACCAAUAACCCGAUUCUAAAGUAAUACUCUAACCUGAAUUAAACAUCAAACCCACACUAAUAACCCGAUCUGAAGUAACAUUGUAGCCUGGGUUGAACGUUAAACUUACACCAAUAACCCGAUUCUAAGUAACAUUGAUCUUUUAUUCAGAAGCUAACUCUAAAAGCGCACUUAAAGAACCUUAUCAGAACCAUUAAUAGGACAUUAACAUCAUAGCAACACUUAAACUUAAGUAUGAACAGACUCCAGAAACAAAAUAUUUAAAUUACUUCAUACGAAAGGGACAUGUAUAUAUAUAUAUAUAUAUCACAGAAAUGAUCUAAAAGGAAUGCUAACCGUAAAGAUACACCGUAAGUAGCCUUAACGAACAAUUCAAAACAUUGGAAUAAUGCUUAUUCUUGCCUAUUAUAUGAUUAAAAAUAACGAUAUGUACAGAACAGAAAUAUGCCCCAAACCAUUCUGCAUUCGAAACCUUCCGAUAGUUGAAAUAUGUCGACUAUUAGAUGUACAGUGUAGAUAUAUAUAUAUAUAAUAUUCAAUAUACAUCAAAAACAAAAAUUCGCUGAAGUAUAAUGUUGAGAAAACCACAAAUCAAGACUCAAAAUGAUAAACAUUACUUUAAAAUUAAAACAUCCCAUAAUAGGUUUCACGCCAUCUUCAGUACACGAAAAUUACAAUUAAACCUAAUUUCCUUGCUAUUCUACGCUGAACUACAGCUGAUGACACUACUAAGAAAUGUUGGCAUCAGAUAUACAAUAAAAAAAGAAAACUCAUUAAUCUCUUAUCGAUCAGACUUAUUCAAAUAUUAGUUUUAAUUUUUGUAACAAGUUUAGAUAAGAACUACUUCAAGCUUUUGUAUUAGUAACAAAUAAUAUUCUGAAAACUUAUGAAAAGUAACAAAAAUAUAUUUGAUUAGUAAUCUAAAGACUAUCUUCAGUAAGAAAUAAUAUUCUGAAACUUAUGAAAAGUAACAAAAAUAUAUUUGAUUAGUAAUCUAAAGACUAUCUUCAGUCACAAAUAAGAUCCUGAAACUUAUGAAAAGUAACAAAAAUAUAUUUGAUUAGUAAUCUAAAGACUAUCAUCAGUCACAAAUAAGAUCCUGAAACUUAUGAAAAGUAACAAAAAUAUAUUUGAUUAGUAAUCUAAAGACUAUCUUCAGUAAGAAAUAAUAUUCUGAAAACGUAUGAAAAGUAACAAAAAUAUGUAUUUGAUUAGUAAUCUAAAGACUAUCUUCAGUAACAAAUAAGAUCCUGAAAACUUAUGAAAAGUAACAAAAAUAUAUUUGAUUAGUAAUCUAAAGACUAUCUUCAGUAGCAAACAAAAUCAUGAAACUUAUGAAAGUAACGAAAAUAUAUUUGAUUAGUAAUCUAAAGACUAUCUUCAGUAGCAAACAAAAUCAUGAAAACUUAUGAAAAGUAACAAAAAUAUAUUUGAUUAGUAAUCUAAAGACUAUCUUCAGUAGCAAACAAAAUCAUGAAAACUUAUGAAAAGUAACAAAAAUAUAUUUGAUUAGUAAUCUAAAGACUAUCUUCUAUUAUUCCAGAUUAUCAGUAGGAGCAACAGCUAUAAGAACUGUGGCCCUAGCGUGGCCAGUGGUUAGCGUGCCAGACUAUAGAUUAUUGGGUCCCAUGUUCGCGUCUCAUUAUCAAAAGAAAAAAAUGUGCGCUACAUACUUUGAGCUGUGAGUGCGUAAAAGAAUGACGAUUAAAUCGAACUAUAUUUGAUCAGGCAAGAGUAGCCCAAGAGCUGGCGGUGGGUGUUAUUGACUAACUGUCUUACCCAUAGUCUUAUCAGUUCAAAAUUAGGUAUUGCUAGGACAGAUAAUCAUUGAGUAGCUUUAUAAGAAACUUGAGACCCGCAGUGUUCAUUAUUUUAUAAACAGCACUAUAACAUAUGAGAAAAACAUUUGAAGCAACUUUAAUCCGCUCUUGAAAGAGUUCCUUUCGUUCCAUCCACUGAUAAUUUUAUUUCAAUUAUUCAAAAGAGAAUCCUACGAGCCACAUACACAAAUAGUCGAGAAUAUUAUUUACGAAUCACUUGUGUAUAAAUAUCCUACCUGAUGAUGACAAAACCUUGUCGAAACGUUGUACAUUUGCUGUCAUGUUAAACUUACAUUAAAGUUUUUCUUCAUUACCCAUUUAAGCCGUCUCCAGCCAUUAUAAAUAUCCUACUAGUUAGCAUUCCAAAUAACGAAACUUAUAAACUGACAAAUUCGUACUUAGGUUGUGUGACAACUAAUCAGAAUUAAAUUCACAGCCUAACUGUACACGAACUGGACUUACUUAAUGUGAAAAGGUACAAACAUUGCUUCUACUGUUUUGAUGUUUUCACGAUUUAAACUUCGAAUUCUGUUUCUGUAAGUUUAAAAAUGCCAAAUCUGAGAAUGUUCACAUAUAUAUAUAUAUAUAUGGCCUGUAUAGUCUAUAAAUGUCCAUAUCUUUGCACUGCUCUUUGUAAUUCUUUUAACCAGUGAGAAUAAAAAUUACGUCACUGGCAUGGUGCUGCGCAUGCCUAUAUUUAAUAUUUCAUUAUAUGUCAAAUGGAAAGGGCAAAUUAUAAUUUGACGUUAUUUUACCAAAUUGGUAUUCACAAGGCAAAUUUAUUUAAUAAGGCAUUAAUCUCUUUCUCCGUAACAUAGAACCUGAAGAAUCGUUUAUUAAGUUAUUUUGAAAAAAAUUGCAUUUUAAAUUAAUCUUUCAGAAUUCAUUGUCGACUUAAGAAUACCAAAAUAGUUUUCCUCUCCAAUCAGAAGGGGCUGGCACGAAUAUCUUUUUAUCUUUAUCAGAGUAAGGUAUUACCGUUUCAUUUCGCCCCAUGAAAAUAUCUCAUUUCAUAGGGAUAAAAAGAAAAGCGCUAUCAUGUAAAGGAAAAUUUUCCUAAGAUUAACAUUCCUUUUAAAAGGUCGGAAGCAAGAUGCGAGUCUGAACCGACAACGAGUUCAAGAACAAGGCACAAUGCGAGUUUUGUAUUAAAACAGAUUUAGCUUGUAUGUUUUCCAACUGAUUCUUUUACGCGCGGUUCGUUUGGAGCAUGUAUCAUUACGUUUAGCAUCUCUCAUGCAUUAAAACCUGAAGUGUAUGUACAUAUAAUUUUGGAAUUUUCUUCCAAAAAUGUUGUAUUUCUCUAUAAUGUUCCAAACUACUGGAUUUUCACAUUUUCUUUUUGUUACUGAAGUGCCAGUUUUUGUCUAUAUUUGUUAUAAAUGUAUAACAAUUUUUACCCACAUUGCCUUAGCUGUUACUCGUCAGAGGAAAAUCUCAUUUAUGUUUCGCAUUGCUACCUCGAAGAUAUUGUACGAAUGGCUAUGUGUGAUACAGAAUAAAUCAUUUCUUCUUAC